AUGACGAAACAGUUGGCAAAUUCAGUACAACUCUAUCAAGUAAAAACUAAUCUCACCAUCUUCGGAAUUGGUAAUUCUUCAAACGGGGCCUUAGGUCGCGUUCAUUGUCAAAUUCAGGCUACAACUUCGACCUACAAACAGUGUACAUCAUUUGUAUUACUGAAGGAUGUGACAGACCGUAUACCAAUAACACGUGUACCGUUAGCGUCUGUUCUGAUUCCUAGUCAAAUUCAACUCGCAGAUCCGAAGUAUAAUGAGCCGAGUUAUAUAGAUUUAUUGAUAGUCGCAGAACUAUUCUUCACAUUGCUCAGAGGAGAACAUGUUACAUUAUCGGACUCUAUUACGUUGCAAAAUACGGUGUUUGGUUGGGUAAUUGCGGGACGCGUAAACAGUAAUGAAAAUACAGAAACAAAUAUUCAGUGUCUCACUGCGAUUACACAGCCAGACGAAGAUUUAAACACACUUUUGCGUAAGUUGUGGAAGCUUGAAGAACAUAAUGACAUGACAAUACAAAACUCAAAAAUAACAGCGUGUGACAAAUUUUAUAGAGAAACAACACGGCGAGAUACAGACUGA